UGGGAGGAGGAGGAGGAGGAGGAGGAGGAGGAGGACGCCAUUGCAACCACAGCUGGUCGUCCGAGAUAAAUCUGAGGAAGAACAAAACCAUACCAAAGUUUCCCCACAAUCACCGGCUUUGACCCAUUUCUCUCCAUUUCCUCCCGUCUUUCUUCGGGUUGUGAGGAAAUACAAAACCAAGAUGGAUGUUUCGUCUUUGCGUAGAAGAAUGUGGAGCCCCAGCGCCGAACAAAAGCAGACUUCCACAGUAGCCUUCCCCGUCCGGUGGUCCAGUCUCUCACCAUGAACUCCAGUAGGAACUGCACCUCAGCGGGGAAUGGCAACGGUCUGGCAGCGCUGGAGUCGGUGUCCAUAGUGACCAUCACGCUCCUGGCCUGUCUGGGGAACCUGCUGAUCGUGGCCACCCUCUAUCGCAGGCCCUACCUUCUCACGCCUAGCAACAAGUUUGUGUUCAGCCUGACCCUGUCCAACCUGCUGCUGUCCGUGCUGGUGCUGCCGUUUGUGGCUGUGAGCUCGGCCAAAAGGGAAUGGGUUUUCGGGGUGGUGUGGUGCAACUUCACCGCCCUGCUCUACCUGCUCAUCAGCUCAGCCAGCAUGAUGACCCUCGGGGCUAUCGCUAUUGACAGGUACUACGCCGUGCUCUACCCGAUGAUCUACCCUAUGAAGAUAACAGGGAACAGGGCGGCGGUGGUCAUCGUCUACGUGUGGCUACACUCCUUAGUGGGUUGUCUGCCCCCGUUGUUCGGAUGGUCCUCCUUUGAGUUUGACUGUUUAAAGCGGACAUGUGUUGCAUCCUGGUCCAGAGACCCCAGUUACACUGCUUUCUGGGUAAUCUGGUGCAUCCUCCCGCCCUUCUGCAUCAUGUUGGCUUGCUAUGGAUUCAUUUUCCGCGUCGCUCGCAUGAAAGCCAGAAAAAUCCACUGUGGGGCCGUUGUCGUAGCCCAGGAGGACUCAGCGGGGGCUCAGAGAAACGGACGCAAGAACUCAAGCACUUCCACGUCUUCUAAUGGGAGCAGAAGGAGCCUCGUGUACGCAGGGAGUCAGUGCAAGGCCUUUGUCACCAUCCUGGUGGUGAUCGGCACCUUCCUCGUGACUUGGGGACCGUACGUUGGAGUGGUGUGUACAGAGGCUCUGUGGGGGCAGGGCAGUGUCUCUCAGGGGCUGGAGACUCUGGUAGCGUGGCUCUCUUUCUGCAGCGCCGUUUGCCAUCCACUUAUCUACGGCCUGUGGAAUAAAACUGUGAGAAAGGAGCUGCUGGGAAUGUGCUUCGGCGAUCGCUACUACAGAGAGUCUUUCGCCACAAGGCAGCGAACGUCCCGCCUCUUCAGCAUCUCAAACAGGAUCACAGACCUGGGUAUGUCCCCCCACCUGACUGCAAUGCUGGCCGGAGGAGGACACCUGUUAGCCCAAGGAAGCAGCACAGGAGACACCGGCUUCAGCUUUACUCAGGACUCAGGCACAGAUGUGAUGCUGCUGGAGAACUCCUGCACAGAUGGCUCCUCCUGGCCUGCGCACCACGGGAACCCAUCUGGAAGGAGGCGGAGCUCGGUCACCUUCGAAGACCAGGUGGAGCAUUCCAAAGCUGAAAACAUGUCUUCAGUCCAAAUCCAUGCAGAGGUCCAUAAAUCUCUGGACUCCUUCGCCUCCUGCUUGGCGAAGGCCAUCGAGAGCGACGCCAAGCUGGCGCUGUUUGAGCAGAGUCUAGCACCGCAGGGGGGGCUCUUUAUGACGAGGGGGGUGCAGAAACCCAGAUACCUGGACGGUCAGAGACUGAGGCUGGAGAGCAUCGAUGAAGGCAUCGUGAAGGACGACAGAGAGGAGGAGGAGGAAGUGGAUGUGGAGGAAAAGCUCAUCUGAACGCACUGUGCAGUGUUCUCAGCGAUGGGGCUCUGUAGCUGAAGGCAAUUGGAAGAGGCGUAUAGUCAUUCCACCAUGUUGGAUGUUGGUGUCUUGAAAACCUUUUAUAUCAUUUUUGUACUCUAAUAGGAAUUUUGUACUACUGUAACCUUAUAUGAUAGGUUUUUGCUGCAGAUCUUUUGUCAUUAUAUAUUUUUAAAAUACGGCAUUUUGUCUAAGUUAAAAUAAGGAAGAAAAUUUAUAGUUUUUUCAUAUUGCCUGCUUGAAAAAUGCAAAAAGAAUCACCUCGCUUUAGC